CUGCAAAUUUCAAUUGGUUGAAAUCCAAAAUCAAACUAAAAAAAUCUGCAAAUAUAUAAUCUCAGAUUUUCCUUUGAGUUCUUGGAACCAACUGCGAAAUCGCGAAUCGGACGUCCGAGAAGAAAGAACAGAGUGAAGAGCGGCAGUUGAAUCCCAACCGUACAUCGCGAGGACGAAGGUUUCCCAAAGUCAAUCCGGCCCGUUCAUGAUCCACAAUCGCGAAAUUCGCAUUCAUCAUCAUCGGCGGCGAAGAGCCAGUGGAAUUCGCACGGCGAUGUUUCUGUUGUGAAGAAAGGAGGAGCUCCCGGAAUCGAAGCAGGCGGCGGAGUUGAGAGCUUCGGAUUGGCGGCGUUGCGAGGGCGAUGAACAGCACAUCUGGGAGUAACGGUUUGAUGGCGGCGUCGGCGGCGUCUUCGUCCUCUGCAUCGGGGAGCAACGCGCAAUCGCCUGGCCUGAAGACGCAUUUCAAGACCCCGGAAGGGAGGUAUAAGCUUCAGUACGAGAAGACUUACCCUGCCGGCCUUCUUCACUAUGGCCACGGCAAGACCGUUACUCAGGUGACCCUAGCUCAUAUCAAAGAGAAGCAAAUGCAGCCACAGCCACAGUCAUCGAGUACUUCUGGGACAAAUAGUAGUGUUAGGUCUGCAGCAGCAAGGCUGUUAUUGGGUGGGGGGAAUGGGAGUAAGACACUUAGUUUUAGUGGGUCUAAUGGCGGAGGUAAGUCGGUUGCUGGAAUGAGUACUAGAAUUGGAUCGUUAGGAACUUCAAGCUCAAAUCACUGUGCGGGUAAUUCCAAUUUUGAUGGGAAGGGAGAUUACUUGGUGUUCAAUGUGGGUGAUGCAAUAUUUAUCAGUGAUUUGAAUUCCCGUGAUAAGGAGCCUAUAAAAUCUAUACAUUUCAGUAAUUCAAACCCUGUCUGCCAUGCAUUUGAUCCAGAAGCUAAGGAUGGUCAGGAUCUCCUUAUUGGUUUAAUAUCUGGGGACGUUUAUUUAGCGUCUUUGAGGCAGCAAUUGCAAGACAUUGGAAAGAAGCUUGUUGGAACACAUCAUUUCAACAAAGAUGGCACUGUUAACAACACCCGCUGUACUAGUAUUGCGUGGGUGCCUAAUGGUGAUGGCGCUUUUGUUGUUGCUCAUGCGGACGGAAACUUUUAUGUCUAUGACAAGAGUAAAGAUAGUUCAAGCGAUUCUUCAUUUCCAGUCAUUAAGGAUCAUACUCAGUUUUCAGUGGCACAUGCACGACACAGUAAGAAUCCUGUUGCUAGAUGGCAUAUAUUUCAAGGUUCAAUAAAUAGCAUUGCUUUCUCAACCGACGGGGCAUACAUUGCAACUGUAGGGAGGGAUGGUUACUUGAGAGUAUUCGACUAUAGAAAUGAGCAACUUGUAUGUGGUGGAAAAAGCUAUUAUGGUGCACUAUUGUGUUGUGCCUGGAGCAUGGAUGGUAAAUAUAUCUUAACUGGUGGAGAGGAUGACUUGGUGCAUGUUUGGAGUAUGGAUGAGCGCAAGGUUGUAGCGUGGGGAGAGGGACACAAUUCAUGGGUGAGUGGGGUGGCAUUUGAUUCUUAUUGGUCAGCACCCAAUCCAGAUUGCUCAGGUGAAAAUAUAGUCUACCGGUUUGGUUCUGUUGGCCAGGACACACAAUUGCUUCUAUGGGAUUUGGAAAUGGACGAGAUUGUGGUCCCGAUACGUCGUCCGUCUGGUGGAUCUCCAACUUUCAGCACUGGAAGUCAGUCAGCUCACUGGGACACGGCGGGCCCCACGGGCACAUUGCAACCCGCUCCGAGCAUGCGGGAUGUCCCAAAGCUGUCACCGUUGGUUGCCCAUCAUGCUCACACCGAACCACUUUCUGGUCUGGCAUUCACCCCUGAAUCUGUUCUGUCCGUUUGCAGAGAAGGGCACAUCAAGGUUUGGAGGAGACCGGGCAUCGGCGAAAGCCCAACUAGUAACCCAUCUGAUUCUUUAUUGUCAAGUACUAAACAACCGAUAUCAAGUAAGGCUGGAAAUUCGAGUUUCAAACAGUGACCGUGUAUGGCAUUGAGCUCCCCUCGUGUAUAUGGGUAACCCGUGGUCCCUUGUAUCAUAGAGCUUGUUAUCAGGGACAACAUCGCUUCAAACAAGAAAGUGGGCCCAGCACCCAACCACCUUGUAAGUAUGAAAAGGUUGUCAAAAGGAAUCAUAAAUUUAGGAGCAAGAGAACCAUAAAAGGAAAAAAAACAUCAUAAAAAGGGGUCAAGUUCUAAGGUUUGUUCCUUGCUUUCAUUUGUUGUUUCUCUGCUCUAUCCGGUUUUUGACAGAAACGGUUUUGCUGACAAGCAGUUCUCGGUCCAGCAUCGUCGUGGGAAUGGUGUUUUCUUAGCAUUAUAGAAUACUAUUCAUCUGGGUUUUAUUGUGGUUGUUGGCUAGAUGAGAUUAUCAUAGUACUUAUUAGCAAGCAGAAUCUUGCUUUAGAUUUUGCAUUUUAGGUUACUAUAUUUAUAGUAUAUGGAAUAUACUGAUUUUAUUUGUUUAAUGGGCAUAUCAAUUAUACAAGGCUCAUUAGUGU